AUGCGCUUGGCAUCCAAUCUGGUGGCGUUCGCCCCGCUGACUACUAUAUCUACGAUUUGCCCAGUCAGUGCGGCUACAGCUAUCCCGCAGUAUGUGUACGACUAUGCUCCAUUAGUCUGGCUGCAUAGUCAAGACCCUUACCGGCCAAGUGAUCUUCAAGCACAAUUGGAUCAUACAACCCCAGAAGUGAACUGGACUGCGAUUAAGACUGCCCCGUCACCGUUGACCCUCAAUAAUCUCGAUCAGCUUAAUAACAUGGGUAAUACCAGUGUCUACCUUACAUCCCAUGGGGGCAUCGCUGCGACCCCUGAGCCGGCCUGGUUCCGUGGCAUCACCCCCGAUAGUGACGGGCGAACUGGCAACGGCACUGGAUGUGCGAUCGUUGUAGUUGAUCACGGUAGGGGGGAGGUUGAUGCGUUCUAUUUUUACUUCUAUGCAUACAAUAAAGGGGAUAAGGUCCUGGGCAUGGAAUUUGGCGAUCAUAUGGGUGACUGGGAGCACAACAUGAUCCGUUUUUCCAACAGCACCCCGCAGUCCAUCUGGUUCAGUCAGCAUGCCAGCGGCCAGGCAUUCACUUACGGCGCACUGGAGAAACAGGGUAUCCGACCCUACUCAUACUCUGGCAAUGGUACCCAUGCCAACUACGCAAUUGCAGGACAACACGACCACACAAUCCCCGGCAUCAACUUCCCCACUGGUUUCCUACUAGACUACACAGACCGCGGCGUCCUAUGGGACCCCAUCCUUAACUCCUACGCUUACACCUACGACCCAUCAACAGCGACCUUCUCCCCCGGCAGCGCCGAUUACCCCGUUUCCUGGCUGAACUUCAACGGAAAGUGGGGAGACGACAAGCCACCGAACGAACCAUCCAUCUUUGGAGAAGCGAAAUAUGUCGCCGGACCGAACGGACCCAAGUUCAAGACUUUGAACCGUACGCAUACGUGUCCGUCUACGCCUUGCGUGGUAUUGCCCUUCAAAAUCUGGGCGGAGAAAGAGAAAGAGGCAGAGAACGAAAGGGAGAAGGAGAAGAAGACGACGUCCUAA